AUUGCUGACGUGUAUAUCAAUUACACUUCGUCAAUUUCCGUACAUUGCCGAAAGUUACCGAGAUUCGGAAAUAAAAAUGGUCUCCGUGUGACCUAGCACAUUGCAUGUCAAAUCCUAUGAAACAUUUUUCACUUCAUACGAAAUAAAAAACGAACAUUUGAAAUGCCAGUACCACAAGGAAGUUACAGACAAGGUCCUAGUUGUUGGGAUCGAAUCAAAUUAGGUUUUAUGAUGGGCUUCAGUGUUGGUUUAGCAACAGGUGUACUCUUCGGUGGAUUUCAAGCUUUUAGAUACGGAGCACGCGGUCGUGAACUUUUUCAAACAGUCGGAAAAUCCAGCUUACAAGGUGCCGGAACAUUUGGAACUUUUAUGGCAAUAGGGUCAGGAAUUCGUUGCUAGCAGUGUGUUUCAUUUAAUCAAACUAAACAAUAAGAAAACUGCCGGUCAGGCAAUUCUAUCAGUGCUUAACCUCUUGGAAGAAAAGUGAAUAUUUUUAUUGACCAUAACAGCUUCUGGAAUUGCUUCAUAAUUUUUGUAAUGAAAAAGAAAUGAAGAAAAAGAACAAGAAAAUAAACUCCUAAUUAAAAGAAAUACAAAAUAUAGACAGUAACAUGUUAUGCAUACUGGUUAAAAUAUUACUAAAAUACGGUUUAAAUUUUUGUUUGUUCUCAGGCAUAAAUUUUGAAUGUAUAAAAUACAUUAAACACAUGCAUGGUCAUUUCUAUUAUCAUAUUCCAUAAAUCUAUGGGGAAAAACAAUGGGCACCAUUUAAAUUCUUAUGUUGUUCAUUGUAGAUUUUAAUUUACACAUAUCUUACAGUUGAAAUUAAUCGGCUGAAGUACAUGUAUUUACUAGUGUUUAGCCUGAACAAAUCUUGUUAAUGAAGACUUAAAGAUGUGUUACCAUAUGUUACAAUGUGAUGCAUACAUUGCAUAGUUAUAAUUUAGACCAUUUGUAAAAAAUAUGCUUUCAAUAUAUGUUUGUUUAAAUUAUGAUGAAGUAAAAAGUACUACAAAACCAGA